AUGUCAGAAGGUGCACAUCCAUCCGGUGACGAAGAUGUCGAAGAUUUCAAAGAACAAGAUCGAUUCCUUCCAAUUGCAAAUGUCGCACGAAUAAUGAAACGCGCGCUACCAGAUAAUGCUAAAAUCGCAAAAGAAGCAAAAGAAUGUGUGCAGGAGUGUGUUUCUGAAUUUAUUUCUUUCAUAACGAGCGAAUAUCCUUUUUUACAGUUUAUAAUAUUAGAUGCAGAAAAAAGAAAAACGAUCAAUGGUGAAGACAUUUUAUGGGCUAUGCAAUCAUUAGGAUUUGAAAAUUAUGCAGAUGCUUUGAAAAUUUAUUUGGCAAAAUAUCGUGAAACCACUAAAAUUGAACGUUCUUCUGCAAAUGCGAAAGAAAAGGAAGAAGACGUUACUAAUAGUGAUAUAUUUUCUCAACAACAACAACAUCCUGCGACAGGGUUUUAUUCAG